CUGGCGGUGCGCGCGGCACCUUGUGACGUCACAGCCAGCUGGGCACACCACGUCGGCGCAGUGUCGCGCUGCGGCAGUAGCGAACAGGCGCAGCCCAGGAUGCGGAGCUGGUGGAGGCGCUGGCCCUGCGGCCUGAGGGCAGGCGGCGAGCCCUCCGAGAAACACGCCAUCCUCGACCCGUACGCCUGCCGCCCGGCGCCACCGCAGCAAGACUACACCAACCAGCUGCUGCUGGCGAUGGCGGCCAGCCUGGGUUACCUGACGGUAGGGCUGGUGCGCGGCUUCUCGUCGCCCGGGGUGCCCUCCAUGCAGCAGACGACGCCCUGGCUCGUGCCCGACGACGACGCCGUCUCCUGGGUCAGCUCGGUGCCGCCGCUGGGCGCGUUCGUGGGCAGCCUGGCGUCGGGUCCGCUGCUGCAGCGGCUCGGCCGAAAGCGCACGCUCAUGAUCAGCGCGCCGCUGUUCGUCGCCUUCUGGGUGCUGCUCGCAUUCUCGCAGAACUACGCCAUGCUCUUCUCCGCGCGCAUCCUCACCGGCUUCUGCGCCGGGAUCUCCAUCCCGUCUGCUCAAGUCUACGUGAACGAGAGCGCGCAGGCGCGAGUGCGCGGGGUGCUGGGUUCGCUGCCGGCGCUGUUCAUGUCGGGCGGCAUCCUGCUGGCCUACGUGCUGGGGGCGUGGCUGCCGUGGCAGGCGCUGGCAGGCGCGUGUGCGGUGCCGCCCGCGCUGCUCUUCAUGUCGCUGCUGCCGCUGCCCGAGUCGCCCGUCUGGCUGGCCGACCGCGGCCGACACGCCGAAGCCGCGCGAGCAAUGGCCUGGCUACACCGCGACAGCGUCUUCGGUGGCGACCCUGCUGCCUCCCCGGAGCCACCAAUGGCGCUCACAGCGGUCAAGUCAGACGGCGGCGGCGUCAGCAGCGGCGUGUUCACCCUCAGUGACGAAACGCCGCCUCCAUACAACGGCACGCACCAGGAGGCGGCAGCACCAGAAAAGGAGAAGGAGAAGAAAGCCCCCAGCAAGGGCGCGUCGGCCGCCCAGGAGGGUAGUGCCUUCAGCCGAAGGGCGCUGCUGCGCAGGCCCGUCCUCAUCCCACUGGCCCUCUCGCUAGCCCUGCUCGUUUUCCAGCAGCUCAGCGGAAUCGACUCGGUGGUGUUCUACACGGUGAUGAUCUUCGAGAGCGCGGGCAGCACGCUGGACGACCACGUGGCGACCAUCAUCGUGGGCGCGGUGCAGCUGCUGGCCAACGUGGCGGCGCUGUUCGUGGUGGACCGCGCCGGCCGCCGCCCGCUGCUGCUCGCCUCCGGGGCGCUCAUGGCCGUCUCCAUGGCGGCGCUCGGCGCCUACUUCAACCUGCAGGAGCAGAACCGCGAGGAGGGCCUGGAGCUGCUGCCGCUGGCCAGCCUGGUUGUGUUCAUGCUGGGCUACUCGCUGGGCUACUGCACGCUGCCCUUCCUACUGAUGGGCGAGCUGCUGCCGGAACGCCAGCGCGGACCGCUCAGCUCGCUUGCCGGCUCCUUCAACCUUGCCUUCAUGUUCGUCGUCAUCAAGACCUUCCACAACUUCCAGCAACUGCUCGGCAACGACGGCACCUUCUGGCUGUACGGCGCCAUGUGCCUCGCCAGCUGCGCCUUCGUGUGGCUGCUGGUGCCCGAGACGCGCGCCAAAUCGCUCGCCGAGAUCGAGCAGUUCUUCGAGGACAGCAACCAGGCGCGCAAGGAGAAGCGCGCCGCUGCCGCCAGGGCGGUCGUAGUCGCCGCCGCCGCAGCUGGCGGCGCUGACGUCGCCGACGGUGCGCUGGAGAAGACUGCCCAGCCGGCGGGUAGCAGCUAACGCCGGGACAUCGCUCCCGGGCGAUCGUGAUUAAUGUUCCUGUACAAGCGUCUCUCUGUUACAGUGAAGGACUGGUCAUUUUAUCGUGGUCGCUGUCUUUCGGCGACUUCAUUAUGUAGAACUGAAGGUUUCCAAGUCACCGCCGAUUAACUUGCCUAGAGCACAUCAGGUCAAAAAGUGGAUCGCUCUGUAGCUGUACCACACAUCCACCUCCACCUACUACGAGCAGCCAAUGAAAUAUUGUCUUCCGCUGGGCACCUAGCCAAACAUCAAUGUGGACAACGAUAUCUUCUCUCCUCCAGACUACACUGUGGCAAUAAUUUAUUGCUGUCCACAGCAUCACUUUAUGAAGUAUGGCGACAGAGAAGGUCACUUCCCCUCUCUGUCAACGUGCAUACGCAACGUAUUCCCCUCCAUGCUGUACUAUUUUUGACUCUCUUUGUGUGGCAAGCCUUCAGACAUGGCGUGAGCCAUAAUCGUUAGCAACAUAACACAGUGGUGCAGAGAAAAUCGAGACGAACAGUUUGAGACAGACACUCGCAGUCUGUAAUGCCGGGAAAUAACUCAAAGUUGUCUACUACGCCGCCAGAUAAGUCAGCUAUUUCAUUAACAACUGUGAGAGUAAUGAAAGAAAAAAGAUUUUUGUGAAAGUUAUGCAAAAGCUAAUUACGAUUGCAGUUCGACUUAAAUUUAAGCCUCACUAAUUAGGUAGUAAGAAGGCCAGACAAAUAAAAUGACUUAAUUGUUAAUUUUAUAGUAUUAAAAUUCAGAAAACUGUCAGGCAAAAUAUACACAAACAUCAAUUCUACAACUUAUAAGUGCAUAACUAAGCCAAUGGCGAAACAGCCAAGUCAACUCGGUGAGUUGGUGUGAUGGCUUAUUCACCUGAAGAUGGCAGCUAGGUGAACUGCGUAAAUAUUGUGUCAAGAUGGUGAUAUGUUCCAGCUGGAGACCCUACAUGAAUAUCAAGAGCAAAACAUGUCGAAUCUGGAUAAUAAUUCCUGUAAUUUCCGAAUUUUGCACAGUGUAGGAGGUAGUGGCAUGAAUAACAUACUAAAAAUCCUGACUAGUAAGAACAGAGUGUUGUGGUGGGGGUGCAUUUGGAGGUCACUGUGGUACGUUUUCCUUGAACAACUUGAAAUCUGCGGCUUAUAGUGAAAAUGUAAUCCAGUAGAGAAUUAAAGUAAUUAAAUAGGUUCUAUUCAGUCUUUUCUCUAGGGUCAUAGUUUCCACAAUGAGAACGAGGGAAUUUUGAAAAUUUCCAGUGAUGUGCGGGCGCUGUUGCUUACUUGGUUUCUGUAGACCAUCUUUUGGUAGUUUCCCGACUUGACAGUCCACAAGUGCCCAAAAUCAAAUUGUUCACCUCGACCUUCCCUAUACCAGAGGUGUCCAACCUGCCUUCCGCAGGUGGCCCAAAGCAAGUGUCAAUGUUGCUCAAGAAGUAUGCACCUGUCACACGAUACGGGGAAAAAAAUCAUCAAAUUCCGCUUAUAUCAAGUUACGAUAAACUGAAUAUUUUCAAUCUGAAACUCCCACCACACCAUGCUAUUCUCUCUUUGUUGUUACUGCUUUUUUUUCUUCUCUUCACGACAGUUAUUGUUAAUGUAAGUAUAUUAUGCGGCCCAAAAGUACUCUUCUUCCUCCGAUGUUGCUCAAGUAAGCUAAAAUGUUUGACAUCCCUGCUGUACAUCAUUAUUGAACGUUGUAAACAGGGACCUUACUGAUUCUUCUAUCGACAAUUCUAUCCUAAUAUUGGAAUAAUGUUAGGAAGCCCUGAAACGUUAUCAGAAGACCAGGAAGGCUGCAGUGAUAUGACACAAAAGAUCCAAACAAGAUUUUAUGCAAGUGCUAAGUAACUCGUGGAUUUAAUCUGAUACAGCACUUCUGUGAUUCCUUGCCUUCAACCAUACUAUUUGUUGUUUGUGCGCUAUUAAACAUAGCAGUCAAGAAACUGUACAAAAGAGUUAUUAAAAUUCUUAUAGGUUCCAGUUAUUGUGGAGUGAUAUGUAUGUUUCCGUUCUAGCUACCACUCUCACAGUUAUUUGCUAUAAUUAUAUUUUCGCUCGUUAAGGUUCCUUUUUGAUUAUUAUUUAUUUCUCAAUAAUACCAUAACUGUUGCUGGUUUAGUCAUUUUAAUGCAUAAAAAUUUCUCUCUCACUCUAUCUUAGCUAAGAGACAUAUGACUAACUAUACACAAAUGACUAAAUUUGAAGAUCUACAUAAUGUGUGAGUUCGUUUUUCGAAUCAGUGUUCUCCAUUUCGAAUUUAAUUUUAAAAGAGUAAAUAAAAAGAAAAAAACAACAUCUCAGAACAUAGUGAACUAAGCAAAUCCACUUCGGAAAAGAUUUAUUCUCUAAGUAUUCUCUCUGUCUUCUGAUACAAUCUGCUCUUUCAAAUUUGGUAGCCAAAUAAAGUUCCCAAAAUAUUUCCCAUUUGCCCAUACAGUUUGAUCCUUCCAAAUAUAGUACUUGCCAAGACAUAUCAAGAAGGAAGUAAAUUUUUGAGGAACUUUGUUGGUAAACAGUAGUACAUCCAAAUCAUCAGUGAGUGUCAGGAGAUACCUACUACCACUGAUACAAUGUACUGUCUGAGAAAGAGGUCUAUGACCUAUUUUGGCUACCACAGGAAACCUGAUAUUGUUAUUGUAUAAUUUUUCGUGGGUCAUGGGGUCUUUGCAACCCUGGUAGUUUUCUGUUGGGCGUGAAUUUCUUGUACCUUUUGUUGUGCUGCCAUGUUUAUUUAUUUACUUUUUUCAUUUAAUUCUUUUUCUUUUUUGUUCAUUGUCUGAAUAAGCCUCUUAACUGAAGCCUAUUUACAGAAAUAAUGUUUAACUCUAAUCAGAAGUGUAUGAUUCACUAAGUGUGACUAGUAAAAGGAAGACAAAGGGUCCCAUAGCUACUGGAUCAUGCUUACGAGCUAUGGAAAAUUUGAUGACGUAAACGAAGCACUACUGUAUACAGUGUACCUGAUAUGUGUUGUUGAGUGCCUGCCUGAACAAUAAAGAAAAAUGUUAUUACUGUUA